AUGAGUGCUUCAACCGCAAUGGAAGUAAACUUGGAAGCAAGACGUAUCUUGGCCGUAUCGAUAAGCAAGCUGUAUGCCUCCAGGACCCAACGAGGGGGGCUGAGACUCCACCGGAGCCUCCUGCUCUCCCUGGUGAUGAGGUCCGCCCGGGAUAUCUACCAUUCUUCCCGGGAGAACGGCGGGCCAGACUCAACGCAGUGCGCUACGGAGGAGCCCAUGGACACCAGUUCCGGGGAACAAACCCUGGUGCCAGAAAGUCAGCCCGAGCAGCACACAGCCGUGAACGCGGUGGACACGGCUCCCCUGGAGCCGGACAAUCAGGAGGACGAGCAUGAUUGUGAAAUCACUGAGGACAAAGAGAACUUGAGCCCGGCGAAGCAGUCCAGGAAACGCCGGGGCAAGGCGUCGGCUGCGCCCGACUUCCUUCCCAGUAAGAGGGCGAGGCUGGAACCGGGCGAGGAGAGGUAUGCAGCCCCUCUGAGUAGCUGCCGAAGCGGGGUUGGGGAGACCCUGUCCACGUUGUCUCUGAAUCAGGUUAUACCUGCCUUCUGA